AUGAGUAAAAGGCCAAGUAAGGGUGAUGAGAACAGUUGGCCUACACCUUCAGAGGCAUAUGAAGGGACACCAUUGCCUUUCCCCCCGGGGGAACAGCGGGGAGAUGUACGUGAAAGUCACGAUCAAGAGUUCAAGACAGAACCUGUAGAAAGUCCAGAAGAUGUUCUUGAUCUACAUGACAUAAAUUAUAUAGAUUGGACAGAUAUUCAGGUUCCACAAGAGCCUACUGCCCCAGUGGAAGAAGAACGUGAUUCGUCACGUGUUAUUCUUGAAAAAGAACACCAGGCAGACAUAGUUAUAUCAACUGACGGUUCUGGAACCAGAUCCGUCAGAAUACCAGCAGCAAAAGGGACCGAGGUACAGGUGCCGGAAGUAAAAGGGCCGAGUCAGGAGCAGGAUGUUCAACAGCCUGAUGUUAGAAAAUACCAUGACAGCAACAAACAUUCUACCUGCCCAAUAUUAACGUGUGGAGAAUCGACAAAAAAGUUAAAACACCACUGCUGGCAGUAUCACUUGCCAUAUAUUUUUAAAGACCGUCCCUUAGAUCAAUUUGAGAAGGAGCCAGGUUUUCAAAAACUAAGAGGAGCAGCCAUCCAGAAAUUGGCUUCGUGGAUUGUUGGUCCACGUGCUACAGUGUAUGAUUUGGUGCGUUACAUAAAUAGUAACAAUAUCUUGCCACGAAAUUGCACAAUGAUGCAAAGAUGCCAGGACCAGAUGAGGAAUUUAACUGCGGUAAUGAACUGGUACCCACCAGCAGAGGACAUUUAUACGAUGUAUCCUGUGAAUUCGCCAGCAGUUCUAAUGCAGUGGCGUAUCCUAAUAACACUGCUGUCACAGUUAUCUCCAAGUAGGAGAGCGGAAUUCCGCAGAAUUGGAACUGAGUAUGUGUUGCCCCUAAGACAGCAACAACAGUCUCCAGUAAAGAGGAAGGCGGAGAUGUUGGUAAACCUACCACUGCCGAAAUCCUAUAAGAGCAGUCGUCCAACAGAGGGAAGACAGAUGGUUACUCUAUCGGGCAGGGCCCGUGAAAUCAAUCCACCGACAGUUAAAACUGUAGUGAAGACUUUAAGUAAUUUACAGAGUCAGCUUGCUGGCAAACCUAUGGACGCCAGGGAAAUUUUAAACAGGAAAAGACAAUCCCGGGAUUCUUCCCGUUCAGAAUCAGAAAAUAAAAGCCGAAAGACAGAUAUGCCGGUACAUUCUGUUAUACAGGUAUCGAAUCCUGCAUCAGAUAGUAACAAUAACAUUAAACGUAUACAAAAGGUUACACUUGUGUCAGAGGCAUUUGAUAGCCAUUUUCAUUUAGACAGGGCCAGUAUUUUACUCACAGGUUCCUUGGCGAUGUCUGUGGAACAAUAUUUACAGGAGAAAUUAAUACCACCGCCAGAUAUUUCAGUUGAGGUGGUUGGAGGGGUAAUGGUUUAUUGUGAUCCGGAUACUUAUCCGCAGGUUUUACCGGACACCUCCAAAUGGAAAAUUGCCAUAGGACUGCAUCCAAAAGCUGCCCCAUAUUUCAACAAUGACCAAUUUACAGCGAUGCAAGAGGCAUUAUCAGACAUGCGCGUAUCUGCGCUAGGUGAAAUUGGGUUGGACAGAACUGUAAAUCCAAUACACUGGGUGUCACAAGAGAAAAUUUUGGACAAAUUGUUGGGUUUGGCGAGACCAAACAAACCAGUCAUUCUGCAUUUGCGUGGCCAGGCCACGGAAACAAUGUCUGAAGCAGUUUACACCAGGGCUUUAAAAAUAGUGCAAAGCAAAUGUGAACCUGAACAAAAAAUCCAUCUUCAUUGUUUUCAUGGCAGCACAACACAAAUGGACACUUGGCGUCGGGUAUUUCCAAAUACGUAUUUUAGUUUUUCGUUAAAGGUAAAGGAAUUCCACGAGGAUCAGAUACAUGCCGCCAGGAAUGUUCCAAAUCAUCGUAUUUUAAUAGAGACUGAUUCGCCCUACUGCACAAUUCCUUCAAACAUACGGAUUAAUAAUCCGCGGAGAAUUGGACAAGUUGCCAUGAUUUUGGCAGGUUUAAGGGGUCAACCAGUGGCUGAAAUUUUUGCAUUAACCAUGGAGAAUGGCAAAAGUCUAUAUGGCUAAAUAGUGAACGUUGUUAAUUAGUUAAGCAGCCUGCAGGAGACAGGUUUAUUCUGAAAUGUAAAUAGAGCAGAUUCAUGUGGACAUAGAAAAUCAGUUGUAAAUUGUGAUUGGAAAUUACAUCAGAUGUGAUAGAUUGUGUUUAAUACAUCUAUAUAUCUAUCAAGGAAUGAUAUGAUAGUUAAAAAUUAACUCCGCAGAGCGACAACGGAGCAAUUGUGGAAUUUUCAAAUAUAUGUAUGUUGUUAAUGUGUCAACAUUGGAAUAUAUAUAACUAUAUAUAUGGAGAUUUAUUUGUAUCCCCGUGGUGCGACCAGACGGGGUGGACUAAAACAAAUAGUGAAUAUUCGAAUAGGAAGUAAACUCACUCCUUUCAAAGUGGGGGGGAGUGUUGUGUAAUAUGGUAUAAUGGACGUGACAUUACUAUGUAGACAGUACGGUAGUUAGAUAUACCGCGUAGCCCGGUUCCCGGAAUGAUCCAUUGUAAACUACCUAACUCAGGAUAAGAUCUCGAAUAGUUACCAGGUAACGAGAGUUGGCGUAUUGGCGGG